GAUCGAUUUUGUCAAAUAAAUCUAUGAAAAGUUUUCCGUUAUAAUUGACAGAAAACUCAAAACAAAGAAUUUAUUAUCCGCAUUAGACAUGUUUUAGCUCAAAAUGAAAUUAAAUGCUUCAGAAUAUUGUAUUAGUUUUAAGUUUUUUGUCAGAGAAUGUUGAUUUGUGCUCAACUGAGGCCACCCGAGGAACAAGACCGUGGUGCAAGGAAGAAAGCUCUCAAAGACGCUGUAAUAUGUAUUGGCUGGUUGAAAAUUGUGUCGAUAAUAUGCUACAUGAUUUUGUAUUACCUGGUCCGCGCCAAUAGCGAAGGUGGUAUGUCCAAUGUCCUCCAGAGCUUAACCCUGGCGAUAUUACCACCGCAGAUAGUGCACGGGAUACUCCUCUUCUUGGGAGCUCUUGAAGAGCGUGUCCUAGCGUUAGAAAUUGGUUUAUGGUUUUGUCUAAUAUUAGGCUCAUACAACACGAUACUCGGGAUCAUGGGCGGUAUAUACUUCAUAAGGACAGGGUAUCUGACGAUGCACUUCUUGUUGGCUCUGAUCUUCGCUUUGAUGGCCAUGUCGCUGUUUUCUGUCCUUUGUCACGAUGUGUUGAUUGUGUACGCAUACAAAGAAAUGCUUGUGACGACACUAUCCACACCUGUCUCUGUGGUGCCGCAUUCAGAACAAAACACAACGGAAAAUCUUAAAUAAUGGAUCAAAAGUACAGAAAAAUCGAACUACACUUCGUUUUCGAUGGUGACGGCAAAAGGCGUAGAUCCUGAACAACAAUUAAUUUCUGAAUAUUUUGAGAGACUGAAUUUCAAUAUUUUGUAAAUAAAACACUUAACUAGUACAA